AUGAUUUAUGGUAGGUGUGCAGCUUGCAAGAGUCAAAGAAGAAGGUGUCCUCCUGAUUGCAUUUUCUCUCCUUAUUUCCCUGCCAAUGAUCCUCAAAGAUUUGAGUAUGUUCACAGAAUCUAUGGUGGAAGCAAUGUUGGAAAAAUGCUUCAGCAACUCCCUUGUUAUGUACGAGAACAAGCUGCUAAUACUUUGUAUGUAGAAGCACAAUGUAGGAUUCAAGAUCCUGUUUAUGGAUGUGUUGGAAUUAUCUCUAAAUUGUAUCAACAAAUCCAUGAUACAGAAGUUGAGCUGGCCAAAAUUCAAACUCAAAUUGCUUCUCAUAAGAUCAAAAAUUCACAAGUGGAAUCAAAUUUUAAUAUUUUGUCAACAAUUGAUGCUGAAUCAAAUUUGAACUUCUUGCCACCUCAGAGUAACAACAUGGAAUUUCAAUUGUCUAGUCAAAUUUUUAAUUGGUUCAGUUAA